AUUCCUUUUCUGAAUUCAGAAGCGUCGAGUCUAUUAUACACUCCUGCAAUAAUAAGUCAAGUGCUUUAGAACUUCAACAUGAAACACUUUCUUAUUCGUGUGAGUUUAGUUGCCGUUUCGAUUGGAUUGUGUGUGUCAUCGUCAACAGCAGGCCGACAAAAUGUGCAGGUAAAUGCUGUGCAAGAGCGAGUAUAUAGCAACUGGACACUCCUGCAAUCAAAUCGCCCUCCGACGCCAACCGUCGAUUCACCUCUUCUCAGAGAAACAUCAUGCGGGAAAAAGACCACUUCGCUGAUGACCCACUUGACUGGAAGGAUUGCCGGAGGAAGUGUGGCCACACCCAACGAAUAUCCAUGGAUGGUGUAUCUACAGAUUUAUACUUCGAAAUUCUCUGCCUACUAUUACGUUUGCGGCGGAACUUUAAUUAGCAAUCAAUGGAUUUUGACUUCCGCCAAUUGCUUGGAGGGAGCGCAAUCUAUAAAUGUUUAUCUCGGAGCUCACGACAUCAAUUCUCAAAAUGAAUGGCAAAGAAUUAUGUACACGACCACCGUUUACAUCCAGCACCCGAAUUGGAAUUCGCAGACUAACACUGCUGAUGAUAUCGCUCUAAUCAAACUACCAGUGGCCAUCAAUUAUAACGCUUAUAUAAAAUCAAUUUGCUUACCUUCCUUUGACGAUCCCAGCCACGAAGGUGAUACAGUUUUCCUUACCGGAUGGGGAAGAACAUCUGGCUACGACAUCAAUGGGCCUUUAAGUCCGACUUUAAGGGAGACAACUUCCACCGUAAUCAGCAACGCGGAAUGCUCCGCAGUUUAUGGAGGUAGUAUAAUUACUGCUAAUACCAUAUGCAGCAGUGGCACUGGCGGUAAAGGGAUCUGUCCGAGUGACAACGGAGGGCCUAUGAGUUACAUGACAACGGACGGAAAUUUCGUACAGAUUGGAGUUGCCUCAUUCUAUUCUUCAACGGGUUGCGAAAAUGGCCAUCCUUCUGGGUUCACUCGUAUUCAGAACUACCUUGAUUGGAUAUCUACAGAAACGGGCGUCAUCACUCCGAAUUCAGCAUCAGCCAUGGGGAAUUCAAUUUGUUACAAAUUAGUAAUUGUACUUGUUUUAGCCAUUCAUUAUUUUUAAAGUGUGCAAUUUUUAAAAAAAAUACUUUAUAGUAGUAGCCACACGGUAUAUUGUUACACAAUAAUUCCUUAUCAUCCUAUACAUCCUCCAUCAACUACUGCUCCCAAUAUUGACUUUAAACGUCCACUGACCUGAAUUGUCCACUAAUGAUGACGUCACAAGUUUGUUGGGAACUCCUCCCACAUCAGAUGAACCUGACGUCAUAACAGGUAUACGGUAACUUUUGCCCGCUUGUGCCGCUGGCUCGUUUAGGACCUGGACCCCAUAAGACAGCUUGAGUUAAGAUUAUACAAAUGCGCCUAUAACUUUGAAUAAGAGGAAAAAUGUACCAUAGAUAAAUGCACCGCGUAUGAAAUUUAUGUAUUAAGCAUUAAGCGUGCAUGAUUUUAAAAACGGAUGAAAAUAAAAGGCAGCUGUCAGAUGAGAGCUGAAUUUACGCUGAAA